CUUCAUAGUACCCACUAACGCUCAAAUCUGGUGUCUCUCUCUCUAGUAACACAAACACACUUUUCUGUCAUCUUUCUCUCCAACCGGACCACCACAAUCAGUGAAUAAUAUUGAGUGAAAAGGAUAUUUUCUUCAAUAAUAAUUCAAGAUGGAGGCAGUGGCUUUGCAGUAAUAAGAAGAGACCAUAAGUUUGAAGAAGAUAGAUUUUAUGCAGAAAACAAAGUUUAAAGACUGUAAAUUUUAUGCAGUUGGAGGCAUUUAAUCAAACUGACCAAGAACAAGAUGAAGAACAAAGAAUUCAUUUUUCUCAUAAUGUUUCUUAUGGGUUGUUUCUUAAUGGGAUCAAGUGCUAGAAAUUUGUCUGAAAAACAGAGAAGCGACGUCAGCAGUUUAAUGGCCUUCAAGCAGUCCUCAAUUGAAGCUGACCCAAAAGGGUUCUUGAAAAACUGGUCUCCAUCUUCCUCAACGCCAUGCUCAUGGAGUGGUAUUUCAUGCUCUGAUGAUGGUACAGUCAUUACACUUAACUUCACCAAUGCAGGGCUAAGUGGCCACCUUCAAUUUUCUGAUCUAAUGGCCUUGCCUAGUCUUGUAAAUAUUCAAUUUAGCGGCAAUUUUUUCAGUGGAAAUAUUUCUUCAAAUGCUAAGUAUUGCAGCUUUGAGUUUCUUGAUUUGUCUCGUAACAAUAUUUCUCAACCCCUCGCUGCAGAGUCUUUGUUACUCUCUUGUAACAGGCUUGUUUCUUUGAAUCUCUCCCGCAAUCAAUUUUCCGGUGAAAUUCCGGCUACUUUCAUAACUGACUUGCCUGAAUCUUUGAAAAUUCUUGAUCUUUCGCAUAAUAACUUCACCGGAAAUUUCAUGGCUAUUGAUUUUGGGACUUGUCAUAAUCUCACUGUACUGAACUUGUCCUAUAAUAGUCUUUCUGCUACUGGAUUUCCAAUUAGCCUAAAAAAUUGCCAAAGUCUUGAGAUUUUCGACAUCGGCCACAAUGGAAUCCAACUUAAGAUUCCUGGGGACUUGUUAGGGAAGCUUAACAAUUUGAGGCAAUUGGUAUUAGCCCACAAUAAGUUUUCUGGGGAGAUUCCGGCAGAGUUGGGGCAAAUUUGUGGGACACUUGAGGAGCUCGAUCUUUCGGGGAACCAGUUAAUUGGUGGGCUCCCUUUGAAUUUUGCGUCGUGUUCUUCACUUUUCAGUCUCAAUAUUGGUAACAAUCAACUUUCGGGCGAUUUUCUUAGUACUGUUGUCAGUUUACUUACGAAUCUUAAGUUUCUGUAUGUUCCAUUUAAUAACAUAACUGGUCCUGUACCGGAAUCGUUGACAAACUGUACUCAGCUACAGGUUCUGGACCUUAGUUCAAAUUCCCUGACAGGGAAUGUACCUUCUGGAUUUUGCUCAAGAACUUCAAAUUCUGCUCUAGAGAAGUUGUUACUGCCGAAUAAUUAUCUCACCGGGACAGUGCCAUCCCGGCUUGGACUCUGCAGAAACUUGAGGACAAUUGAUCUCAGCUUCAAUAGCCUAAGUGAUUCGAUUCCGAUGGAAAUAUGGGAAUUGCCAAAGCUUUCGGACGUGGUUAUGUGGGCUAAUAACCUGACAGGUGAAAUUCCAGAAGGCGUUUGUAUCAGAGGAGGAAAUCUUCAGACACUGAUUCUCAACAAUAAUCUCAUUACUGGAACUCUUCCCAAGUCCAUUGUCAACUGUACUAAUUUGAUUUGGAUUUCAAUGUCUAGCAACCGGAUUACUGGAGAAAUACCUGCAGAUAUUGGGAACCUUGUUAACCUUGCUAUCCUUCAGUUUGGGAACAAUUCUCUUGGUGGAGUAAUCCCACAAAGCAUUGGCAACUGCAAGAGUCUGAUAUGGCUUGAUCUGAAUAGCAAUGAGUUGUCUGGAUCUAUUCCAGUCCAGCUUGCUGAACAAUCCGGUCUUCUUGUUCCUGGAAUUGUUUCAGGAAAACAGUUUGCAUUUGUAAGAAAUGAGGGCGGGACAGAAUGCAGAGGUGCUGGAGGACUAGUUGAAUUCGAGGGAAUUCGUACAGAGAGGCUGGCAAUAUUUCCCAUGGUUCAUUCAUGCCCAUCGACAAGAAUAUACUCUGGUGUCACGGUUUACACUUUUACGAACAAUGGGAGCAUGAUCUACUUUGAUCUUUCCUAUAAUCACUUGUCAGGAACAAUCCCUGAAAACUUGGGUUCGAUGAGUUUUUUGCAGGUUCUGAAUUUGGGACACAACAACUUAACAGGAUCUAUACCCUUCAGUUUUGGAGGCCUAAAGGCUGUUGGAGUUCUUGAUCUCUCACACAAUAAUCUUCAGGGUGUCGUCCCAGGGUCAUUAGGGGGCCUCUCAUUUCUUAGCGAUCUUGAUGUUUCGAACAACAACCUUACGGGGACAAUUCCUUCAGGUGGACAGUUAACUACAUUUCCAGCUUCCAGGUAUGACAAUAAUUCAGGCCUUUGUGGGGUUCCCCUGCCUCCUUGUGGCUCUGGAAAUGGACGUAAUUCAUCAAGUUAUACCAGUCGAGGGAAGAAGCAAAGUAUUACGUUAGGCAUGGUCAUUGGCAUUAUGUCGUCUCUGGUUUUUAUAUUCUUGCUCAUGUAUGCACUUUACAGAGUUAAGAAAACUCAACAAGAGGAGGAAACCAGAGAAAAAUACAUCGAAAGCCUCCCAACCUCCGGCAGCAGCAGUUGGAAACUCUCUAGCGUGCCCGAACCUCUAAGCAUCAAUGUGGCAACAUUUGAAAAGCCUCUACGGAAGCUCACCUUUGCACAUUUGCUUGAAGCCACCAAUGGUUUCAGUGCUGAUAGCUUGAUUGGGUCAGGGGGAUUUGGCGAGGUUUACAAGGCUCGACUGAAAGAUGGAAGCAUUGUUGCAAUAAAGAAGCUUAUUCACGUCACAGGACAGGGAGAUCGAGAAUUUAUGGCAGAAAUGGAGACCAUUGGAAAAAUAAAACAUCGAAAUCUUGUGCCUUUGCUCGGUUACUGUAAGAUCGGGGAGGAAAGGCUUCUCGUGUACGAGUACAUGAAAUGGGGAAGUCUGGAGGCCGUUCUUCAUGACAGGAAAAACGAACUUGAUUGGGAAACUAGAAAGAAAAUAAUCAUUGGAUCAGCGCGAGGACUAGCUUUUCUUCAUCACAGCUGCAUACCGCAUAUAAUUCAUCGGGAUAUGAAGUCAAGCAACGUACUUCUAGAUGAAAACAUCGAAGCCAGGGUGUCGGAUUUUGGAAUGGCACGACUUGUGAAUGCCCUUGACACUCAUCUAAGUGUGAGUACGCUAGCCGGGACCCCAGGUUACGUUCCUCCAGAGUAUUACCAGAGUUUCAGGUGCACUACCAAAGGAGACGUCUAUAGCUACGGUGUUGUAUUACUUGAACUUCUAUCUGGGAAGAGGCCAAUCGACCCAUCAGAGUUUGGGGACGACAACAAUCUUGUUGGAUGGGCAAAACAGCUGCACAGAGAUAAGAGAAGUCAUGAAAUACUGGAUCCUGAAUUAAUAACAAAUGUAUCAGGUGAUGCUGAACUAUACCAUUAUCUUAAUAUUGCUUUUGAAUGUCUAGAUGAUAAGCCUUAUAGGAGGCCAACUAUGAUUCAAGUGAUGGCCAUGUUUAGAGAGCUCCAGGCAGAUUCAGAAAGUGAUAUUCUUGAUGGAAUUUCAGUGAAAAAUUCAGUAAUUGAUGAAUCACAAGAAAAGGUUCCUUAGUUGAUGAAAUUUGAAAUUAUCUUCAGGUUUGUGUUGGACUACUCCAUGGCUAAUACAUGUCUAGUGAACUCCGAGAUAACUUCAAAUUUUGUCAAUUGUAAAUAACAUAAGGCAUGUUUGAUAGGAAAGAUUGGACAACGCACUGUAGUAUCAACGCAGAAAGAGAGGCUAAAAUCUUGUAUAUUUUGUUGUCCAGUCGAGUACUAUGCUACAAAAUGAAAUGGAGAAGGGUUUGAGAUU